AUGUUAAAAAAUCAUUUCCAGCUAUUGAAACAAAGUUGUAAUCAGUUGAAACAUGUAGUUUCAGUUAGAACACAAGCCCAAAAUACCACAAAUCAAAAAUGGGACUUGUUUUCAGCGGUAUGUUUAGAAAGGAAACCUGUGGUGACUCCAGCCCUAACUGAAAUUGAAAAAGAAUACAAACAGUAUCUCAAAGAUUUAGAAUUUGAAUUAAGUGUAAAAUCGAAUUUUGAAUUGAGACAUGAAGCAGAUGUCAAACAUUUGGCAGUUCUAAAAGAAGGUGGUGAAAUAGAUGACACUGAGGUUAACUUGAAACAAACUGCCCAAGAUCUGAAGGAUUUGUGGAAUGCCGAAGCAGCAGAAUUUAAACCAGCAGAUAAAAUUACAGAUGCUGAUAAGAAAAAUGAUUUAAAAUCAUUGAAUAGAAAACUAGAUAAACAUCUAAUAUUUGUGGUCAAUCAGAAAUUAGGUGAUAAAAAAUUGUACAUGCUACCACAAGGAUUGAGGCAAGAUGGUGAAACUUUAAGACAGGUAGCAGAAAGGGUUUUAAAAGAAACCAUAGGGAGUGAGUUGAAGACCCAAAUUUACAGUAAUGCUCCAUGUGGUUUCUACAAGUACAAAUAUCCUGCCAAUAUUCAACAAGAAAGAAAUGUUGUGGGUGCGAAGAUAUUUAUUUAUUUUGCAAGGUACCUGAAAGGGCAGCCCUCUCUAAAAGGAAUAGAUUACAAAUGGUUGGACAGAACAGAAUUGGACAAAACCUUACCACCUCAAUAUAAAUCUAGUGUACAACAAUUUUUAAUUGAUGAAUAA